CGCGGGUAGUCUGCCGGGUUCGUACUUCCAAAUGCGAGUGUCUUGAACAGUCUACAGCGCGCGAUGGAGCAGCAGGAGACAAAAUGUUGCGGCCGAUUAGGUGCACUGGGUGACCUGGGCUGAAAAGCAACUGUAGAUGGGCGCCAAACAAGAGAUGUUCUUCUUGACAGAAUUUUUGACACCCUUCAACCUGUACAGAGCCAGAUGAGUGACCCUCCCAACACCAUGGCGAACUCUUCCACCAUCGCUGCUAACCGCGGGUAGUCUGCCGGGUCCGUACUUCCAAAUGCGAGUGUCUUGAACAGGUACAUGUACUCAUCAAGUACCAGGGAGUCCAGAGAAACAUGCUUGAUGGUUCCAAACUUCUCCAAGCCUGCGCUUCGACCCAAGAUUAUUACUUUACUUCUUCUGUCCAUGUUCAUAACAAAAUGAUGGAACGUUGUCCACUCAUCUUCAUCUACAUCUGAAACAAAAUCAAUGACUACUAAUAUCCUCCCAGACAGUCUUUCAUGGUCUGUCAUUCUGAAAAGAUCAUCUCCAUUCAGGUGCAAAAUCAAAGAAAAGUGAGAACACACUCUCUCAUCAUCGCAUACAUGGGAGACAGGAGUUUUCUUCCCAAAUCUAGCGUCACCAAUGAUUGGAAGCACGGCAGAGAACCCGGGGUAUUCCGGACAAUAAACUCCCCUGGUCAGCUACGCUGUACCACGUUAACAGUUGGUGUCUGGGACAGGAACCUGUUUUAUAGUGAGAGGUGAGCGGAUAUUUUUCCUGCUGUGUGAACAAAGAAUCCUGUUGGGGAGGUGAGAUGGACAAACUGCCAUAAUUCCUAGGGCAGCUUCUCUGUCACAAUUAAAUGAACGACUAUAUAUGACAUGCCAAAGAGAAAAUUUCCAGCUUGAUGUUACUGGAGAGCAAACCGAAGACUCCAAGUCAACCUCCAUUGCUUUCAGCUUGAUGUUGGUAAAGGUCUCUUCGCCAAGCGAUUCUACUCAGUUUUCUUAAGGUAAUACAUUUAAUUGUCGCUAUCUUCAUUUCCAAUGCUUCCUUUUGAAGGCGCGUCGAGAAAAAGAAUAGUAAUUUUGACUUGCUUUUAAUUAUCUUCUAGUUACGACCUGUUUUGUGAAGAGAGAAGAACCUGUUUUGGAAGACUCCAAGUCAACCUUCAUUGUUUACACAGUAGUCUAGUACUAUUAUUAGUAAAGAGCAUAAUUUUUUUGUCACCUACUACUUGGUUAAGCCAGUAAUUAAGGGCAUUUGGUUGGCUGAGGCAACCUUUCCUGAUGAACUUUUACGCCCUUCAAUUUGUAUUUCCAUUUCUUAUACCUAUUUUGUGAAGAGAGAAGGUCUAGAAAAGUAUGAUUUUCCUCCUUACACUCAUGGAUGGCAAAAGUUUGCUGGACAUCCCUACUACAGACUUGCUGAGCAAAGUGAAGACUCGAAUUCACCAUGAUUUUUCCAUGCCACAUGAAAAGAUCAGAUGAGGUCACCUUCUAGGAGUCGGGACUAGUCCGGCGUGGAAUUGUAUGCAGAAGCUAUAGGUGGACCAAUUGGCGUGCCCUUUCCCUGUUGGCCAUGAAAAGUCACUCUAUGUGCACCAUCCGGCCAUUCGUGCAGGGGAGCGAGCACAUACCCUGCAACUUCCACCAGCCUCCUGCCCUCUUCUCUUGGACCCCCUUGGUACCACUCUAGCCGCCGCGUACAACCGGAAGAGAAGCAGCUGAAGAGGCUGUACCAACUGCUCCUGAGAGCUCGCAUGGUCAUCGAGGAGGCGGACAGGCGGUACAUCACCAACUUGGGGAUGCUGGAGCAGCUCAGCAUGCUCGCGGAUGCCAUGUAUAGAGGCUACUGGGCACUCGAUGCGUCCAGAUACAUCUCACUCCAAGAGUCCAUGGAGGAGGAGGGGGAGGUUCGCAAUCCAUCUUCUCCCAAACGUUUGCGCAUGGUCCAUGGCAGUGCUAGAGAGAACAAGGACACGUACCCCGUCGACUUGAAGGGCGCGUUGGAGAGCUUGGAGGAUGUAGUUGCUGGCAUGACGGAGUUUGUUGUUCUUUUGGGUGGAUGUGACCGUAUGCUGCGACAACCAUACGAUGCGUAUCUAUACAACGACAACAUCAUGUUUGGACGACACGCUGAGAAGCAAAAGCUCAUGAACUUCAUGUUGGAGCACGGCUCUUCCGGUGGUGUUCCGGCUGUUCUCCCGGUCAUCGGUGGUCCAAUGGUCAUGAAGAGGACUCUGCUCGCCCAUGUAUGCAAGGACGAGAGGGUCCGCUCACACUUCUCUUCGAUCCUGCACCUGAAUGGAGAUUCCUUUAGUACACUGGCAGACCAUGAUCAUAGCCUCUUGCUAGGCAAGAUACUAGUGGUUGUUGAGCUUGUUUCAGAUGUUGACGAGGACGAUUGGGCCAAGUUCUGUUUAGCCGUAGCAACAAGCAUGGACAAUGGAAGCAAGGUGGUCAUCAUCAGCCAGCUUAAAAGUACGGAGCGACUCGGAACAGUUGAGUCAAUCCUUCUCAAUACCCUGUCAUAUGAGGAGUUCAGCUACCUCUUCAAGACACUAGCGUUCGGGAGCGCGAAUCCGGUACAGCACCCACGGUUAGCACGGAUAGCAGACGAGUUGGCCAGGGAAUUCCAGUACGAUAGCUCACUCGGCGCUGCGAUUCUGUUUGCGGACCUGAUGAGGAGGAACCUUAGCGUCCAUUUCUAGCUUUGCAUGCUGAGCAGGCUGAGAAGGGUAAUCGAGAAGAACAUCUCCAUGUUUGGGGAGCACCUGAAGUUCCUCAUCAAGAGAGGCCACCAGAUAGACGUUACUGACUUGGUCUUGCAUGCCAUGGACUCUCCACUCUGCAUCGUGCCUACCUCCACCAGUGGCAGCAGCCGCACUGAAGUUACGGUAGAAAGGGAAUCGCUACCAAGGGUGAUGCUUGGGGAUCUGGUGAUGGAUCCUGGAGUUCGGCCACAAGGGGAUUUCAAUGUGGUUUCGUGGGAAUCAAGGUUGCCACCUUAUACCUCUUUCGUUCAUUUCGUUCCAAAUGGAAAUGGUGCUCCAGGUGUGGCGAAACAGAGUACUCCCCUGUCUAGGAGUAAGCGUCCCGCGGAGCCUUGGUAAGGCCUUUCGAUUCGGACGGCUUCUGUUGGGAUUUCGUGGAGCUAGAAUCUCAAGUACUCACUCAGUUCAUGAAGAAAUAAUUUAAAUAUUGACAUGGUCUCCAAUGCAUACCUUUUACUCAUCGAAUGUUAUAUUUUUUUGAAGUUGUAAUGACACCAUUUUCACUCGAUCAAUCUAAAUAAUUUUAGAUAUAUUUGUAGUCAAAGUUAAUAUUGAAUGCAAGCCUUCGAGGAA